GUCCUUUACUCCUUCGCUAUGGACCGUGGUGAUCAGAUGCCUUUUUAGUCUGGAUGGCGUUGCCUGCUGAGGGCAGCGCUCACGAUGAGUCAGGUGGAUGUAGUUCUGCUGCAAUUCGCCAUGGGCACCUUUGCACUGGCGAUGCGAUACUGUUCCAGGCCACUCCUGAGCUGCUGUCGGAGAUGCGGCCUUUGUUUUCAUGGUUGGUUGUGCUGCAUUUGCAACCGCGAGCCUGCUCAAUCCACAUCCACAUCAAUAGGUGAUUUCUAUUUGUGGUUCUCGACCUACGGAGCAGUCCGUUGGUACUGGUUCCACUUGGCAAUUCAGCUGGGCUUCAUCAGCCGAGAGUUCCAAGUGAUUUCGGCAGUGGGAACUUGGCCUUUCGAAGUGAAACUCUCCUUCUGUGCGAUUUGCCUCACUUACUUGGUGGUGCUGCUGGAGGUUUACAACUUCUCCUCAGUGCGGAGCAAAGAUGUUGUGACAAAGAUCACAGUGGAUGGCUUGCUUGACAUGAUACUGCUUCCAGUAAACAUCGGUUUGUUCGGACACCUUUGUGUCCGAAAGCUGAGCUUGCAGGGGCAGCAUCACUCCGUACAGGUGAUUUCCACCAUAGCCGAGAGUUCCGAAAUUUGGGAAGCCUGGGCUUUGUGGUCUGUUCUAGGCCUAUUCGUGACUGUGGUAGAUGUGGAGUCGCAAGAAGAUGCGGAGCGCAGGUCCUUUGUCAAGCCAUUCAGGAAUUUGAGCCUGCAAGGCGUCCGCACCUGGGUCUUCAUUAUCAUGGCCAUCUCUGUCACAAGGCUUGCGACGACCUUCCUGGAGCACUCUGCGCCGUCCUUGUGUUUUUGGGUGUCCAAGAGCUGCAUGAGUUGCACCAAGCUUUACGAGGAUCACAUCCAUUUGGCAGCGGCGGCAGUGAACUUCAUCCUGUGCUCAUUUGCGUUAGCUUUUGUGUUUACCUUUGAGAAGCUUGGCAAAUCUUGGCAAGGUGGUGGGAGGCACACCUUUGACGAGUAUUUGCGUCGAAUUGGUCCCUUCUGGAAGUUCUGGGGCGUCAAAGGAGUGGUGUCGGUCACAUAUUUCCAAUGGCUGGUCUUGAGCUACGGGCCUUUCCACUUCGAACAGAAGCGAAUCUACCUACUACACUGCUUGCUCACCACAGUCGAGAUGCCAAUCCUGGCAGUCAUCCACUCCUGCUGUGCCUAUCCCUUCGGCAAGCCAUGGUUGGAGUAUUUGUUGAAGCUGCAACAGAAGGACAUGGAGGAGGCAGAGGCUGAGGCAUCAGAUCGCCGGAUGACCGUGUUUUGGCGGGAUCCUGAGGACACCAUUUCCAUGGGAAAGGUGGAUUCAAUGCUUUGCUGCUUUUACUUGCUCUUCUGGAUUGCAGGAUGCAUUGGAGCUCACAGCUUCGUGGUCUUUGUGCUGCCAGUGAAUGAGAUGGUGCAGCGACCACCCAUGUUCAACGUGAGCUGCACUAAGGAGGGUGACAUUUGGCAAUACGUCGAAAACAAUCACCAGUUGCACUACCGUUUGAAGGAUGACACUCUAGAGAAGCAUCGCUUGCCCAACGUUGGCGGUGCAUGGCUUCAUCUUUGUGAUCGAACGGAAUUGGACUGUGAACCUGGCUUUCAGGGUUCUCCAAUACUUCGUUGCUCACCAUCAGGCACUUAUGAUCACCGUGGAUUUUGCAGACGGACUCGCUGUGGCCAGCCGAAGGAGGAAGUUGGUCAUGCACGACUACAUUCCUCUGGUCAGACGCGAUGGACGAGUGACAUGGAGAUCACCUACGAGUGCCAACGUGGCUUUACAGGCCAAAUUCAAGGGAUUUGUGGAAAGGAUGGUGUAUGGCGCUUUGAGGGCGAAUGCAAGGAGGUGAUUUGCCCGAGCCCGCCUGUGGUCCCGAGAGCAAAGCCACUCUUGGAGCCUCACGAGCUGGAAUACCGCACCUGGCAAGCGGGCACAUCCUUGCACUACCAAUGUGAGGAGCCCUUCACAGGUUCGAUUACUGCCACAUGCGAGGACGACGGCACGUUUCUUUUGAGCGGCCGUUGCUUGCGUCAGUGCAAUGCACCUCCGAAGAUGCCCAACAGCGUGGCCAUCUACGAGAAUCAGUUGGCCAUCAAAGGCUUCUUUGAGGGCCUUCGUGUCACAUACCAAUGUAGUCCAGGCUAUGGAGGUACACUCAUUGCUACCUGUCGCGAGGAUGGGAAUUUCAGUGUGGAGGGUGGCUGUAAAUUACGAUGUGGUGGUUUGGAAUCCUUCCUGGAGAAGCAGUUUGGAGUCUUUUGGAAGGACGACCUGAGCACCAACCAGUCUGGAACGCUGGACUUCACCGGCACUGGCGAGGCAGACUUGGUCCCUUUGCGUUGCAGCAUGGGGCUCGCUGGACAGCCCUUGGCAGUGUGUCAUGAGGGCGGUUGGCGCUUACUAGGCGAUCCUUGCCAGCUGUUUCGAACAUCCAGUGGAUGCAGGUGCAAACGUCAAUGGAAGCUUUGCCAGGGGCUCUUGCAGAACAAUUGCAAGCUAUGGCAUGGUUGCCAUGACAGAGAUGGAAGCAGUUGGUGUGAGGUUGAAUCUAGUAGCUGUGGACAGACAAGCUGGGACUACUGUGUGGGCCAAAGUGCCCAAGAAGAUCCAGAGGUCCACUUGCCUUCAGAGACCAAAACAGUGGCUCUCCGCAUUGGUCUCCUUGUUACGGCUGGUUUGCUUGGACUUGGUGUCCUGCUGUGGAUGGCCAAGAUCAAGAAAGGCUGUCAACAACAUCGCACUCAACAUACUAGAGGCUCAGAACCUCCAGGCCCAUUGGAGGCUGUGGAAUUGCAACAGACGUGAUCGAUUAUUUCAAAAAGUAUCGAUAUCGAUGAAUAUGUUAUCG